AUGACUGCGGAUCUGUACGGCUACUGUGUCGACCCCAUGCCUAUCGAAGACUUCCUCCACGAGUUCAUACCACAGAACUCUACGCCAGAGACUCCCGAAUACACCUACAUCGUCGAGACGAAAUGCAAAGAAGCGGACCUGUAUUCCAUCUUGCUCGACGGCGCGAAGACGAUGAUGCGCAAGCACUCCUUCCUGGGCAGCAGCAACAACCCUGACAAACUCGCGAAAUCUCGCGAGGAGCUGAAGCCUGACCCGAUAGCCUAUGACGCAGACAACGGUACAUAUAUCAGUGUUACCGCGGAGGACGUUCAGGGUGGCAAAGUCACUCAGUUUCGCAAAGGCGAAUUUGGCGCCGAGGGGAAGCGUGAAAAAGACAUUUUCUGCGACAAGGCGAGCCCUGGUCGCUUCGAGCCUCGUGUCACGUCGGGCAACAGCGAGUCGAUAGGCCAGAUCCUGCGAUACAUCGAGGAGAUCCACACACGCCAGCUCCGCUGCUUCUCGUUCUUCGUCUUCUUCACCAGGGACUACUUCCGCCUCAUUCGAGCCGAUCGUGAUGGUAUCAUCGUGACAGAGCGAACAGAAUGGACUGGGCAGCUGGAGCCGAACCGCCUGAACGACUUUUUCUUCCGCUUCGAUCAUCUCAGCCGCGAGGAGCAGGGCUUCGACACGACCGUUUGUGCAUGGGAUAAUGCGGAAGAGGACUGCUGCGGCUAG